AUGAUCAAGACCUGCAUAGCCCGUGCUGGGUCAAAUCCACUCGAUAUUCGCGUCGUUCUCGACGACUACUCGAAGCCCAGAUGUCAUUCUAUCAAGGAAGGCCUCGACUUGAUUAUCCCCGAAAUUGAACGCUGGCGCAGUUUCUCAGUUGAAGCCAAAUACUUCGGCUCUAUGAUGACGGUCUAUAUGGCUAUCCGCCACCAGUAUGCUCCCAUGCUACGACACAUCUCGAUGUCUCUCGAUGAUCCAUAUGGGGUCGAAGGCCUAUGGUAUCAAUCCGAACACUCCUACUUUGGUAUCCUGGGCGGUGGUGCGCCAAAGUUAGACUCCCUCGAGCUGCAUGGAAUUAGCCUCCACUACUGCCAUCCCCCAUUGGAGUCGUUGAAGCGGUUGUCCUUGGACGCACCUUGUGACUCGGAGGCCGGACUUCCGUUGAGCUAUUCGAAGCUUCGGGACGUUCUAGAAACCGCUGCUGGGUUGGAGGAGUUAAGCUUGCAUGGCCGGGUGGUCUGUCAUCAGGAGAGCCGUACCCGAGAGAAGACAGACGCCGUCACACUAUCUCAGCUCCGUCGGCUAGAACUCAGCGCGCCAAAUGGAGAAGCUGCAGACGACCAGUGCGAAUACAUUGAAAGUAUAUGCAAUAUCGUCGACGCGCCUAUGCUCAAGACUUUGUCGACUUCUUUCCUCGGAAAAAUGGACACCGCACAGGCCCUCAACUUCGCUGUCGCACCGGUGGAGUCCAGCCCCGCUCGUCCUUCGACUUCUUCCCCCAUACCUUAUGCUUGCCUUGCCCCUAGCUUCUCGCAUAACUGUUACCAAGUCAACGUUUCGCAGCAAUCCUUCGACACCAUGUCCAAAGCUAGCAGCGUGCUCUUUCCUUGGAUAACCGGUGCCUUGGGUAGCGCCCUGUCCUGCGGUCGCAGUUUGCUCGUAGCUGAUGUCGACGAGCUUCGAGUUCGGAGGAUGUUAGAAGUCGUUACCAAAGCCGGAGAAGGUGGGGAAUCAGGCCAUGCUUGGCCCAGUUUGAAUGAACUCGUUGUGAGGUCAUCAUAA